AUGUAUAAUGCAAGCGCCGUCAAGAUGCAGCGGAUGGCCGGGCUGGCAAGGGCGUUGAUUUUUUCUGAGAAAAGAGGUGCUCCGGUGGCGCAGUUAUCUGGCUGGCCUCUAGCUCGUCUUAUUCAUGCUGGCUUUCUAGUGCAAGCAGGAAAGGAACAACUGGUAAAGCUUAGGAAGAAAACUGGCUACUCAUUUGCAAAUUGUAAGAAAGCCUUGGAGAAAUUUGAUGACCUCAAUGAGGCUGAAGUCUGGCUUCAUGAACAAGCCCAAAAGGAAGGGUGGAGCAAAGUUUCCAAACUGCAAGGAAGAAAGACCAAAGAAGGGCUUAUAGGACUACUGAAGGAGGGAAAUUCUGCAGUGAUGGUAGAGGUGAACUGUGAGACUGACUUUGUGGCCCGAAAUGCCAAGUUCCAGCACCUGGUUCAGCAAGUAGCGAUUGGAACUAUGCAGUAUCAGCAAAGGACCAGAGGCCAGUUAAGCACCUAUGCCAAGUGUUUCUUAAAAUCUAAUGAGCUUUCUCAGCUCAGGACAGAACCUGAUGGCUCUUUGCUAAGUGACCAGUUGGCUCUGGCUAUUGGCAAGCUGGGAGAGAACAUGGCUAUCAAGAGAGCAGCAUGGGUAUCGGUGCCAGAGAAGCUCUUCAUUGGCUCUUACGUGCAUGGGACGCUCCCAGAAGGAAACCCAUGGCUUUCUAACAUGAUGUUUGGCAAAUACGGCGCCUUAGUGAUCUGCAGUCCUCCCGAACAGUGCCAAAAGUUGAACCUUGCCGAGCUAGGCUGGCGGCUGGGCCAGCAUGUGGUGGGGAUGGCUCCCCUCUCUGUCGGCUCUCUGGAGGAUGAACCUGGUGAUGAUACUGAAACCAAGAUGCUUGCUCAGCCAUUCCUCCUGGAGCCGACUAUCUCCUUGGGACAAUAUAUUCAGCCUACAGGUGUAUCUGUGCUGGACUUUGUGCGGUUUGAAUGCGGAGAGGAUACGGAGUCGGCAGAAUCAGAGUAGACCAUAUUUUUAUAUUGAAUAAGCAAACUGCUCACAGUUCCCACUUAGACCCCGUUGUGGUUAACAGAUGCGGCUGGUGACGAACAAAAGCCACGUUGGUUGGAUCCAGAAUCCAGCUGUUAAACACGAGACCAUUUUCCAAUGCUCUGAAACAAUUUCAUAAUAUGUGAUGGCCAAAGUGUGGCAAACAGAUGUUUAUGUAACAAAUAAAGCUAACUCAUCUUAUCCUGUGAA